AUGGGGAACUUCAUAUUACAACAUAUGGACAAUCGGACUAAGUGUAAACCAGUUUGUGGAUACGGUUAUUUUGGACUUUACGGAAUGGAGGACUGCCAUCUUUGGUUGGAUUGCGAGGACAUGAGAGAUGUAGGCCUAGAGGGCGCUGAGAGAAUACCGUCCGGCACUGCUGGCCUCGUAAAGGAAGUUGGCAUCGGUAAAUGGAAUGGUUAUGAUGUCGUAAUCAAGAAAAUGAGGCGCUACCACUACGGUCGGCUGUCACAUAAAGAGUUCGAACACGGCGUACAAAUCCUAAAAGACUUCUCCAGCCAAUCAGAGAUUCUACAGCUUGUUGGGAAAUGCAAUCAAACUAUUGUAACAGAAUACCAUGCCUUGGCGGACGCUACGAACUUAGAAAAACACAUGGAGCAGUAUAAACUCUACGAUAAUAUUUCGACGAGAUUUCAGUUGUGCAUUGACUUUGUACACAUUAUGACCAUCUUUCAUUCUGGUCAGGGUGGAAAGGUUUACGCUCACUGCGACGGGAACGAAGUACUUAUUCUUCUUUGGCAGUUUCUCCUGACAGACGAUUUUCGACUCGUGAUCAGUGAUGUGGACGCACUAGUGGACUUUGAAAUACUGAAUGGUGUUGCUAAGAAGAAGGUUUGUCCAGUAGAGAGUCGGAAUUACUCGGUGCCAUUCAACGCCCCAGAACAACAUUGGCCGUACAAAGAGGAGCCCUUUAACAUAUCAAGGAUGCCCCCUUAUGACGAGAAAAUUGACAUCUGGAAAAUCCCGCAUGUUUGCAAGAUAUUUCUUCAUCACGAGUAUAUUAAAGCAAUAGUGUUGCCACAUCUUUUGACUAUUCACAAUAAGUGCAAAAACAAAAACCCCAAAGACAGGCCAAAGGCAACGGAAAUCCUGCAAGUUUACAACAACGUGUAUCAACAUUUGUUUAAAAACAAAUCUAUUGUUUGACAAAUGUACAACAUUUUAUGUUCAAUGUGCCAUACUAAAGUAUUGCAAAAGAAGAAAGUUACACAC